UUAACUAAUUCUCUUAUUUUUAACUUGCAGAGUCAACUGUUCAUUUUAUUUCAAAAUUGGAGCUUGCCGUCAUGGGGACAGAUGUUCUCGGUUGCACAAUAAACCAACAUUUAGCCAGACCAUCUUGAUUCAAAACAUCUAUCGUAAUCCCCAAAACAGUGCACAGACGGCUGACGGCUCACACUACCAUUGCCCUCUUGAACAUUUACCGUAACCCUCAAAACUCUUCCCAGUCUGCUGACGGUUUGCGCUGUGCCGUGAGCGAUGUUGAAAUGCAAGAACAUUAUGAUGAAUUCUUUGAGGAGGUCUUCACGGAAAUGGAAGAAAAAUAUGGUGAAGUUGAGGAAAUGAACGUUUGUGAUAACCUUGGAGAUCAUCUAGUUGGAAAUGUGUAUGUAAAGUUUCGUCGUGAAGAAGAUGCCGAAAAGGCUGUGAUUGAUCUGAACAAUCGCUGGUUUAAUGGUCAGCCAAUUCAUGCUGAGCUUUCACCUGUGACUGACUUCAGAGAAGCUUGUUGUCGUCAGUAUGAAAUGGGAGAGUGCACGCGAGGAGGUUUCUGUAACUUUAUGCAUUUGAAGCCUAUUUCCCGAGAAUUGCGACGUGAAUUAUAUGGACGUCGUCGUAAAAAGCAUAGAUCCAGGUCAAGGUCCCGUGAACGUCGUUCUAGAUCAAGAGAUCGGGGUCGUGGAGGUGGAGGAGGAGGUGGUGGUGGCGGCGGCGGUGGCGGCGGUGGUGGAGGAGGAGGAGGAGGAGGACGGGAACGAGAUAGGAGGCGGUCAAGAGACCGUGAAAGAUCUGGUCGAUUCUGAGCCAUGCCAUUUUUACUCUGUGUCUGGUAGAAAGUGUUGUAGAUGAUUGACCAAACAAGUUCUUAAUGAGAUUUUUUUUUUUAAAAAAAAGAUGGGCUUCUGAAUAAAAACUUGUAGUGAUACAGUAUUCUUUGUGUAACUUGUUUCUUGUGGGGGAAGUCUUUUUUUAAGCUGUCAUUCCUCUUUCUUGACACAUAGCUGGAUUAACUAUACUUGCAGUGAAGGUGGCAAAUGUAUUGGAGGUGUGCAAGUGUUUUACAUUCAGGUAUGAAUUAACUGUUAAGGAAAAUGUACAUGCCUGUGUAUAUAAUAUAAAAGAGUAUAUUAUAUACAUGGAUGAAGUGCUAUAUUGCUUGAGACAGUUACAAUUUAAGUUUCCCUUUUCUGCUAUGCUGUCUGCUUUUUUAGAUUAGUUUAGGCACAUUUAAAGGAAGGCUGUGCAAAGCGCAUUUAUUUACUCAGUAGAAAUGCUAAGUAACAAAAAUAUGUAUGGUAAUACAAGUCUGUGCACUGUCUAUCAAUGUGACUGUGGCAUUUACAAUAAAUCCAAUUCAUUGGUGUAAAAUCUAAAGACUAUUCUCUAAGCCCUCUGGAGAAUUUGAGUAGCUACUCCUGGCUGUCCUAGAAUUCAGAGUAAAGGGACUUUUUUUCUCUCAUGCAUCCCUAAUUGCCUCAGGUGAUUCCUUAGAAGGACAGUGUAUCUAGUGCAGUCUUAAGGCUAAAGUUAUGAAUGUGGUACCUUAUACAGGCUGUCGAGUUAUUGUGGAAGAAUUCAUGCUCCAUGCAUCAGAAUGAGUUCUAUGUAAAAAUAUCUGAGUGUCAGAUCAACCUUAAUGGAAGGUUUCUUUUUUUUACUUGAUGUUCCAGUGGCUGUCCUUUUAACUGAAAGCAUCAUACUAGUAUUCAGGAUAAAGCAGUAAUGUGGGCACUAGUGAAGCACUUGCAUAGCAAAGCUAAUGAACAAGUGCAUUUUGUUACAUGUUUAAGUUAAGAUAUUUUUAGGCUUACUCUCUACAUUCUUCAUUGCAACUGUUAAUCACAGCUGUACUUCAUAAAACAAAAUACAUUUUGUGGGAUUCAGAGCUUCCAGCUCGAAAGCCUCUGAAGUGUUGCAGCAGCAUCUUAAGUGCUAUAUAAUUUGUACAGUUGCUGACUUCACAAGAUGUAUAAUCAGACUUAGAUCCUGGUCUGCUUAUGAAAUUGCAUAAAGGUAUGUAGCAAGUGUCCACCCAUUACAACUUCCUGUACAUCAGGAAAUAAAUAUAAUCAUUUAGCUUUUAGAAAAGAAGGAAACUUACGCUACUAGUGUUUUCAAGAGCUUGUAUUAAUUAGAACUCUCCUAAAAGUGGCUGAAGAAUAGCUCUAUUUAAAUGAAGAGGAUAUAGACAUUUUGAGACCAGGCAAAUUAUUUACUUUCAGUUUUUAUACUGCACUUGGAAUUGGCAAAUAGUGAUCGAGGGCAUCAGAAAAUCUUACACAUCUUACCUCUUCAAGGUGAACUUUUGGACCAAAAUAAAAAUUGAGUUAUUUCCAGAUAUGUGUAGAAUGCCUUCAUUAUCCAGAUUGCUGGGGAAAUCAGCACAUACAGAAAUAUAUUUUACAGUCUUAAUGGCAAAGCAAAAAAAAAAAAGCUUUUCUCUUACUUUAUCUUUAUGAUGUGUAAAGAUAGGUUUGUUCUCUGUUUCAGUACUCUAGAAAUCAGGUCCUGGCUUUGUUACUGCAAGGACUUUAACAGUGUUUUGAGGUUUGGGGUGGCAAUACCACAAUGAGCUGAAACGGAGGGUGCCCCUGCCAGCAAUUGAAAGGUUGAGAUUAACUCUUAGCCCUGCAGUUCACCUCAAAGUAUAUGUUAAGAUUUACCCAUUUUUCUCUUCAGUGCCAUUGUGCUAAAACCCUUUUCUACUUAGAUUGCAGGAUUCAGCAAGAAAGGGACAGCAUUCAUGUACAUUUAGGCAAUGCCUUGCAUAUUGUGGGCACUACUGAAAUAAAAAUCAGUUUAUUUUCUUUUUUGGCAAUCAGCAUGUGCAAGACCUUGUCUAUAUACAGAGUCCUGAUGCUGACUGACUAAACUAUGAGCCAGUGUCCAAGCAUGGGUUUGUACUAGUUUAUGUACAUCAUUUUAGCCUGGUACAGCUUUUGUUUGUAAACAAGGCCUAAACUUGUACACAUCACAAAUUAAUUGUAAAGAGCACAACUGCUCUUUGCUUUUUUUACUUCAGAAAUUUUCUUCCUCAUUGAAAUCCAUUGAAAGCAUAAUUUUUGUGGUCUUGUAAAUUAAUAAUGUAAUUGAAAUGCACAUUUGGGGCACUGAUAGCAAACGCCAGGGGAUGUCACUGAAUUUCACAAGGCAGAAAAGCUUUUUCUUGUCAGGUGGAAAUAUACAUAUUGUAAGCAUAGAGCACAAACCUAGCACAAACUCCGUCUUCCUUGAAGCCUUACCCUUCAUCUGUAAUACUGCAUACUACUCCAUUGAAAUUGUUGAGUGUGAACUUUAAAAGGACUAGGCACAAAUUCUGUCACUUGCUGAAAGCAAUCUAAAACUAAUUAGGCUUGUUAAUAGAAAUGGAGAAACUUCACUUUAUUAGCCUAGUCCUAUCCUCCCUUUCCCUGUUUGAAGUCUAACACAAUCAGUUUGAAAGGUACCUACUUAUGACUCUUUUCAAACAGAGUUUCUUCUGUUGAAUAUCACAUGGAAUUUCUUAACCUCAAGCAAAUGACGGCAUAUGGUACUGUCCAAUGUCUGGAUACACUUAAUUUUAAAUAAACUAAUUCCAAGUGUCUUCCUCUUAUUUGUAUUAGCCUCACAUCAGAUUCUUCUGUAAAAGUGCUGCUUGUCCAUGAAUAUGAUGUAUGUUAACCAAAUGGAGAACUUAUACAAAAUAAAGUUUUUUUGAUACAUAA